AUAAUAAUAACAACAAUGAUAUUUAUAUAAUUAAUAAAUAGAUCAUAAAAUGGAGAUCAAAGCCGACGACAGUGGGACGGGGUGCCGAUUGGCGGACGGCAGCGGCGGCGUUAUCGGAGAAGGGAAUAUCGGCGGAGAUUCCGGCGAGUGCUUUAGUUUCAGCAGAAAGGAGCAAGACUCGAAAUGAGAUGCCUUGGUUCGGUUAACUAGCAGGAACUUCACUGCCCUAGGCUCUCAAGGGAAAUAACCUAGCAUUGUUACUGCCUUUAUCCGGCCAUGGCGGAGCUCCUGAUACUGUUUGUAGCUAGAUUUCAGCAACUACCACUCCUUACUUGUUGAGCCGAUACUCAUUUCAGCUUUGAGGAGUCAUAAUUGGGGAUGGAACGAUUUGGUAAUUGUAUCUAGCUAGUAAAGUUCUCAUAUUUCUGGGAGUUAAAAUUUCUCGGGAAGGUAAAGAUGCCGCAGGUGAGGAUUGUGGCGAAAAACUUUAUGGACAUGGUGGCAUCAUUGCCAGCAGUGAAGCUCGACAAGCUCUACGAUAAUUCUUUCAUCUGCGAGGCUAUACUCAGAUCUUUGCCUCCAUUGGCAAAGAAAUAUGUGCUACAGCUAUUAUACAUUGAUGGUCCAGUGACAGCAAAGUGGUUGGAAGAAUGGGUUCUUUCAGAUGGUGUCUCAAAGCACAAAGUAGCAAUAGAUAGAUUGAUUCAGCUGAGAAUCCUGACUGAAACUGUUGAACGGAAGAAGGAAGCUACAUAUCUAUUUAAUCCAACCUUUCAGCAAAAUCUCCAGAGACACAUAGUGCACGGUGGAGUUUUACCAAGAGAACCAAUGCCUUCUAAUGUCACAGCAAGGCUUCCUAGCUUGGAUGAUUUGGAUGCCUAUGCUGCUCAACAAUGGGAGAUGUUUCUUCUGCACCUCAUUAAUUCUGCCGAAGCGGAAAGGUCAACAAACAUAAGCUCUUCCAUGAUGAAAAUAUUUCAGCGUGGUCUCUUGAAUCAAAAAGACGACAGGGACUCUCUAAAAUUGACAGAGAGUGGCUUCCAGUUUCUGCUGAUGGACACAAAUGCACAACUUUGGUACAUAGUCAGAGAAUAUAUAACCAACUGUGAGGAUCAUGGUGUGGAUACUGCUGAUCUGAUAUCGUUUCUACUGGAACUCAGUUUUCAUGUUACCGGCCAGGCAUAUAGCUUAAACACCUUGUCCGAUAUACAGAAGAACAUAAUAAAGGACCUGGCUGAUUUGGGGUUGGUCAAACUCCAACAGGGCAGGAAAGAGAGUUGGUUUAUUCCAACUAAAUUAGCUACCAAUCUCUCCAUUAGCUUGGCAGAUACGUCAUCAAGAAAACAGGGAUUUGUUGUUGUGGAAACAAACUUUCGGAUGUAUGCAUAUUCCACAUCUAAAUUGCAUUGUGAGAUUUUACGUCUCUUCUCAAGGAUUGAGUACCAGCUUCCUAACCUCAUCGUUGGAGCAAUUACGAAAGAAAGCUUGUACAAAGCAUUUCAAAACGGCAUUACAUCCGAGCAGAUAGUAUCUUUUCUUCAGCAGAAUGCUCAUCCUCGAGUUGCCGAAAAAAUGCCAUGUGUCCCAGAAAACGUUACGGAUCAGAUUAGGUUGUGGGAAGCUGAUCUGAACAGAAUCGAGAUGACGCCUGCACAUCUGUACGAUGAAUUUCCAUCGAGGGACGUGUUUGAGGCUGCUUGUGACUUUGCGCGUGAAUACGGAGGUCUGUUAUGGGAAAACUCGAAGAAAAUGCGCAUUGUCGUGAAAGCAGAAAUUUUGGCGCAGAUGAAAGAAUUCCUCCGGAAGCAGAGACAAUAACGCCGUGUAGAUCGAGGCUACACGGCGAAACCUUGGUCGAAACGGUAUAUUAUCUUCUUGUUCAUUUUGAAAAAUUGAGUUUUUUGCAGAAGUUCAUUUCUGAAAUAAAGAAUCUUGGCGA